AUGCAGUUAACGAGGCGCUGGCAAUGGGCCGGCCUGGCUGGAUUUCUCACAGUCGCUAUUAUCACCUUGUUUCAAUACGGACCGCCAAUCGCCCGGCAACCGAUCUCAGUAUCUCUUGACUUCAACGCAACGGCCGUAGUUGCAAAUUCCACAAUAACCUUGGAUUCAACAAAAAUAUCGCGUGAAAUAUCGAAAUUUCAUCUCUUAAUACCAGCCACCGGAUCGAACCACCAGCUAUGCCGGACCGUUGCUUCUGCUACUAUUCUUGGGUAUCCUGUUCCCGUUUUCAACGGCUGGAGAAAAGAGGGCGACCUGGACGCGUCCAAGACACAUUUAGCCAAAGUUCGCAACGUCAUGAUCUAUUUGGAGAGUCUUCCAGCCUCUUCUGAUGAUGAUCUUGUUCUCAUGAUCGAUGGUCUCGAUGUCACUUUCCAGAUCCCCCCAGAUGUCUUGAUCCAGCGAUAUUUCGCCACCAACAAGGCAGCAAGCGCUAAACUAGCCGCACGAUUUGGAAAUAAAUAUAUUGAGAGUCUUUCACCAGAUGACGCUCCUCGACAAACGAUUCUUUUCGGCCCCGAGAAAGUCUGCUAUCCGACUGACUGGGCGCGGGUCGGAUGCUGGGCAAAUCCCCAAAACAUCGGCAUUCCCGGCGGUGCCUUCGGACCCGACGAUGGGCAGCUUAGCCACAAUCUUCCAAAAUGGCUCAAUUCUGGCACUAUCAUGGGCCCUGUGAGGGAUAUGCGUCGCCUCUUCGCGGCCACGCUGGAUCGCAUCCAGGAUUUCUAUGACCCGAACCAGGAGUUCAGUGACUCUGACCAGAAGUACAUGAGCGAUGUAUGGGGUGUGCAAGAGUAUUAUCGCUUGAUGAAAGAAACUGAGCUUUUCUUCCAUGGCGAUAUUGAUCCGAAUGACGUUGUGCCGCUCGGCGAGCCUAACAAGGUGGUCCCUCCUUACGCGCGAAACCAGACCAAGGAGCUGCACAUCGGGGUAGAUUAUCUAUCAGGUCUCUUCCAAACCAACGCCGGCUCCGAACAUGUCGUCGAGUUCCUCAUCUACAAUGAGACCGGAGCCAGCAACACCACCUCGGCAACAAGCGUAACUCGCAACGUCAGCGAAUCCCCAAACUUCGAACCCUUCAAGAUCCCACUACCAGCCAACGUGGCCAAAUCAAUCACUGCAUUAUUAAAGUCGAUCGCUCCUGCCGUGGAUGCCAUCCCAAGCGUUAGCGAACUCCGCCUUGGAACCAACAUCGUUACCAACAACAUCUACGGCAUGUACCAUUGGACAGGAGACAAAGAUAAUAUGGACACCUUAUGGGGUCAAAUGUGGUUUUACCCCUACGUUCGACCGCUCUUUAAUGCAGCAGUUGCAGCGAUGAAGGCUGGACAGCCCAUUGGUGUCGCGGAUGAGCGCACAUGGGUUUCCGCUCACAGCCUCGCUCCGAAUUCAACCGGUAUUGAAGGCAUUCGGGCCGCUGGGGCCUGGGCUGAUAUUGAUGGAGGUUGGCUUGGAUGGGAAGAGCUUUGUGGAAAUUUUGAAGUUGAGGUUUUUGGCGCACCAGAAGCUUCGGAGGCUUGA